UGUCUUUUGGUAAGUAUAGUAUGUCCGAGAUAUAAGAGUAUUUAGUACUUUGUCUGGUCUUGGUUUUCUUGCACUACUCCAGCUAGAGUCUGCUACUCUGGUCUUCUUCCUUCACCGCUUCACCUCCCCUUCCUCCAAUUAUUUGCUUUCUUAAACACUCAAGUAUAGCUUGGUCUCAUUUUCAGUUUCUACUCUGCUUAACUAUCACCCCCACCCCACUAUCCAUCCACCCUUAAAAUGCGCCUUCUUCCUUCCCCUCCGCCUGUUUUUCCCAUCCCUCAGCUGGCCUGUGUUCCUGCUUCUCAUGAACCCAUGUCUAGUCUUCCCAGUUUUGUGAUUCUGUAGACUGGCGUUUGGGUGGGAUGGAUUUUGGGGUGGUUGGUUUGGAUGGUUUUGUGGGUUCUGAGAAUGGUUUUACACCUCUAGUUUCAGAAACUGAAGCCAGGCAGAAGUGCUAUGUAUCUGGGUUCCUUAAGCAAGAGAGAUCUGGAGCUGGGGAAGAUGAUUGGAGGAGCUCAAAAAUGGCUAGAACUGAUGAUCUGUCAGCCUCAAAAACAAUGCUGCUCCACCAAAAUACUUCUUCGCUACUAAGAUCUAAUUCUAUGUUCCCUGAUGGUCACCACCAGUCACAAAUGCUGAGUUUCUCUUCGCCCAAAUCAGAAAACGAUGGAGCUUUAGCAGAGAGGGCUUUACAAAAUGCAGUUUUUUCUCACUAUAGCAGUCCAUCCUCUGCUUAUACCAGGAGUACAGGUUUGGGUUAUGGAAGCUUGAAUGCAAGCAUGCAUGGGAUUUUAACAGGGGUUAGAGGGCCAUUCACUCCAUCUCAAUGGAUGGAGCUGGAACACCAGGCCUUGAUCUACAAGUACAUCACUGCAAACGCUCCUAUACCCUCUAAUCUGCUCAUCCCUAUCAGGAAAGCUCUCAACCCGACAGGAUAUUCUGGCUUGUCUGUCGGAUCCUUGAGAUCGAGUACAUUGGGAUGGGGUCCUUUCCAUCUGGGUUUCUCGGGGAACACCGAUCCCGAGCCGGGGAGGUGUCGUCGGACGGAUGGGAAGAAAUGGCGGUGCUCUAGAGAUGCAGUUGCCGAUCAGAAGUACUGUGAGCGGCACAUGAACAGAGGCCGCCAUCGUUCAAGAAAGCCUGUGGAAGGCCAGACUGGCCAUGCCGUCUCCGGAUCCGCCUCCUCUAAGGUGAUGCCAGUGGCUUCCUCAUCAUCUGCUUCGGAGGUUUCAAGCGGCGGUGCAUCCAACAGCCUCACCAUCACGCAGCACCACCAGAUACAGAACUUGCAGCCAGGUGCUGCUGCUAACACUUCUGCGGCCUCCCAUGUCAACAGGGCCUUGAUUAACAAAGGAAAUUUGGGUGAUCGAAUGCAAGAUCAGCAGGGUCUAUCCAUACUCUCCCCUAGCACGAACCUGAAACCCAAAGAUACUCUGUUCUCUGUCCCAAAACAACAAAACCCAUUCGAAGAUUCCUCCCGCACAGAGUUCGGACUCCUGUCCUCCGAUUCUCUCAUCAACCCAUCGAGCAGAGGUGGUUCAGGUUCCUUCUUGAGCAGCAGCAGAAACUUUGGUUCUUUUUCCCCUGACCUCAACGACCGGGAUCCCCAAGCCCAUCAACAUCAUCCUCUCCGCCACUUCAUCGACGACUGGCCGGAGAACAGGUCAGAUAGGUCAGCCGUGACUGCUGCCUGGCCGGAGGUAGAAGAAAUCCAGUCAGACCGAACCCAGUUAUCAAUAUCAAUCCCAGUGGCUUCUUCAGAUUUCUCAUCGUCAUCGCCCUCCCCCACCCAGGAGAAACUCAAGCUGUCACCGCUGAGAUUGUCGCGUGAGUUGGACCCAAUCCAGAUGGGUUUAGGUGUGGGUAGCAUACUGAGUGAGCCAACCAUGGCCACCCAGCGACAGAUGAACUGGAUACCUAGGCCUUGGGAGAAUUCCAUGGGGGGACCUCUCGGGGAGGUCCUGAACAACAACAGCAACAAGACCACUGCUCCUACUAGUACUAGUACUUCAGCAGUAGCAGUGUCCUGCAAGGACUCCUCUGUGUCGGCUCUAAACCUCAUGACCGAAGCGUGGGAUGGGAGCCCUCGGUUAGGGUCGUCGUCAUCCCCGACUGGAGUCUUACAGAAGGCCACCUUUGGUUCCUUCUCUAACAGUAGCUCUGGUAGCAGCCCAGAGCUAAGAAGCAAGACCCACAUUGGGGUUAGCCUUUGUGAUGAUCUCGUUGGUUCUACUCUCUUGUAGGUUGUUAAUUCCUCUAUCCCGGCCCUUGAGGGUGAGACUUGACUAUGUAGUAGUAGUGGGUUGGUUGAAAGAUUGGAACUUGGAAGUACAGCCGAAUGCUUAUCUACUGUGCUGAAGAAUUCUGGCGAUUUAGAUUAAGCAGUUCAGUUUAUGUUUGUUAAUUUGUUUAAUUUAAUUUCUUUUUUUGUUUAGCUCGCUUAUGGUUUGUAGAGCAGAAGCGGAAAACCCUGGGUUUGGUUACGACAGGCUGGUAAUCGGCUACUUUGUCUCCUCUUUUUUC